UCGAAGGAGCUCCGUUUAAAAAAAAAACAACAUAUGAGGGGGAGAAAAAUACGCACAAAAACGGAUUAAACUUGGAUUUUUAUUGAGUUAUAAGACGUUUUGUGGAUUGGGAACAUUCAGUGGAGACUUGCAUUAACUCGAAUUGAUGGCCACCCCGAGUAAAACCCCACCGGGAGCCGACCCGAAGCAGCUGGAGCGGACCGGGACCGUCCGUGAGAUCGGCUCCCAAGCGGUGUGGUCGCUCUCCUCCUGUAAACCAGGUUUCGGAGUCGAUCAGCUGAGAGACGACAACCUGGAGACGUACUGGCAGUCCGACGGGUCUCAGCCUCAUUUAGUCAACAUACAGUUCAGGAGGAGAACGACGGUGAAGAUGUUGUGUAUUUACGCCGAUUAUAAAUCAGACGAGAGCUACACGCCCAGUAAGAUCUCCGUCAGAGUUGGAAACAACUUCCACAACCUUCAAGAAAUCCGGCAGUUGGAGAUGGUGGAGCCCAGCGGCUGGAUUCACAUCUCUCUGAUGAACCAGCGGACGAACGAGCCGAUCAGCACCUUCAUGAUCCAGAUCGCCGUCCUCGCCAACCACCAGAACGGCCGAGACACGCACAUGCGGCAGAUCAAGGUCUACACGCCGGUGGAGGAGAGCUCCAUCGGGAAGUUCCCACGAUGCACCACGGUCGACUUCAUGAUGUACCGAACCAUCAGGUGAUCUGGACUUCGACCCCCCG